AUGAAACUUAUUUUUUAUUUGACCAUCCUAGCUGGGACAGCUUUAUUCACUCACUCUGUGCAGAAAGAGGACCAUGCUCCAUAUAUAGUCUACCUCAAGUCUAACUUCAACCCCUGUGUGGGUGUCCUCAUCAAGCCCAGCUGGGUACUGGCACCAUCUCACUGCUAUUUACCAAAUCUGAGGGUGAUGCUGGGGAAUCUCAAAAGCAGAAUCAGAGACGGGACAGAGCAGACAAUUCAACCCAUCCAGAUUAUCCGCUACUGGAACUACAGCCACAGUGCCCCGCAGGAUGACCUCAUGCUUAUUAAACUAGCUAAGCCUGCCACCUUCAACCACAAAGUCCAGGUCCUUCCCCUCGCCACUACCAAUGUCCGGCCAGGCACUGUCUGUACACUUUCAGGUUUGGACUGGAGUGAGAACAACAUUGGCAGGCACCCUGACUUGAGGCUGAAUCUGGAGGCUCCAGUGAUGACUGACAAAGACUGCCAGAAAACUCAACAAGGAAGCAGCCACAGGAACUCCUUAUGUGUCAAAUUUGUGAAAAUCUUCAGCCGAAUUUUUGGGGAGGUGGCUGUGGCUACUGUCAUUUGUAAAGGCAAGCUCCAGGGAAUUGAAGUUGGACACUUCAUGGGAGGGGACGUUGGCAUCUACACCAAUGUUUACACCUAUAUACCGUGGAUUGAGAAAACCAUUAAGGAAAGGGUGAAAUGA